ACAAUACCGGAAACAACAACAAAAAUCGGAAUAAUAACAACAGCAACAAAUGCAACGGUAGAAAAUGUAGCAGCAACGAUACGAGGUGUAGAAGAAACUUCACCAUCAGAUGAUGGUCAGCAAUGUCCAAUGGCAGUAAAUAAUUGUAUCUUAACAAAAACAAGUCCAUUUAUGGAACAUUGUGAAGUGAAAUGUUUAACAAUUGCCGGGAAAUUAUCAAAUGAUUUACAUUGUUGGAAUGAUGAUUGCUUUGUUCGUGCGACACGUAUUUGUGAGGAAAAAUUCUGGCGUACGGUAAGAGCAAGAAAUCGAAAAAAGAAAAAGAAACGGAUGCGCUGUAUACCGGAAAUUAAGCAUUGUUAUAAAUUAGCAUGUUUAAAAUGUCUUGGACGCGAAUGUAAUUUAAUUUGUUAUGGUGGUGGUAUACAAUAUACCCAUCUUACAAAACCACGCUGGAAAGGUUACGAAGAAUAUAAGAAAUUUUUCCCAGAAGUAGAAGAUAUUCUUCAUAAUUUCGUUCUUGCCCCCGAGAAGACUGUCGUUAUUGAGGAUUAUAUUGAAUAA